AUGAAAUUCUCAUCUUCCUUCGUUGCUCUCGUUCCUUUCAUCUGCUCACUCUUUGUCGGUGCAGCACAUGGUCUUCCUGGCUACCACCCUGCUGUUUCCUCUCCACCAACAAGCAAGCCAAUUUACAGCUAUUUUGUCGAAAUUGACGUAAUCGUUGCUCGCUUAUCAUCCUGGUCACCACAUGACCAAUCAUCCGAUUAUGCUGGUGCAGAAAAAGAUCUUUUCGAACUUGGCAAAUCAAUCGAUCAAGCAACUCAAGCAUUAAAAGUGUACCAAGGUACGAUUGAUACACAUGAAGCUCACAAGAUUGAUUCUUCUCUCAAAUCAUGUGCAAAGAAUGUUGUUGGUCUCACAACAAACGUCAAAGCUGCUCAAGCCGUAUUUGCUCAAUUCAGCUACACCACUUUGAUCGUUCAAACAUUGCAAGCAAGUGCCAAUCAAUUUUCUGUAUUGUUCCCUCUUUUGGAAUCACACUCUUCUUCAAGCUCUUUUGCAUCUUUUGGUUAUUCAAUCGGCUCUAUCAUCUGUCCUAUCGGUGAAUCGAUUGAAUACUUGCAACCCAAUUCGUGCAAUCCUGAAGGUUUGCAAUUCUGCAAAUCAUUGAAAGAUAGCAAAGCAGGCCACAUUGACACAAAGCCAGCUUGCCAAGUUGUCAAACAUGCUGAACCAUUCUCUCAAUGCAAUCAAAGUGCAACAACUUUGUUCAAGUACGGUUAUGAUAACAAGUGCAUCGGUAAACCACAAACACAACCGUGGUGCAAUGGAAACGAUUCUGGUCAUGACUCCAACAAAGGAGGUAACAAACAAAAAGAUCACCACCAAGACAAAAAGAAAGUUCCACAACCAAACAAUGGCCCUCAUAUCGAAGAUCACGGUCACGGCAAGAACGAUGAUAAGACUACUGUCAAGCAACCCGAAUGGAACAAUGGCUCUCAAGGCCAAUUUGGCCAUGAUCAAGGGUAUGAUUUCGGUAACUCCGGCAGCUCCAGCUCCAGCUCCAGCUCCAGCAGCAGUGGCUCAUUCAGCGCAUCAUUCGGAGUCGAUAUCAAUGUCGUCUUUGGCUAUACACCAGCCGAAAACCAAUUGUACACGGUUUGCAAUCCACCAAAAGCAGCAUAUUGUCUUCCGGACAAUAAUUCAGCCAAUUCUUCUCCAGCAACAAGUCAGCCUAUUUAUAGCUACUUUGAGGCGAUUGAUGCAGUCAUUACUCGUUUAUCCACUUGGACCCCAAGAGAUAAUUCAUCAGAUUUCCCUAACUCCGAAAAGGAUCUUUUUCAGUUUGGCCAAGCGAUCGAUCAAGCAACCCAAGCAUUGAAAGCAUACAACGGUACGAUUGAUACGCAAAGUGUGAUCAAGAUUGAUGCUUCCCUGAAAUCAAGCGCAAAGAACAUUGUCGGAAUCACGACCAAUGUCAAAGCUGCUAAGGAAGUAUUUGUGAAAUACAACUACACCACGUUGAUCGUACAAGUUUUGCAAGCAGGUGCGAAUCAAUUCUCCGUUCUGUACCCACUUUUGGAAUCACAUGUUCCUGCAGCAUCUUUUGGUUCUUUAGGUUACUCACUCAGUUGGAUCAUUUGUUCGAUCGGUGAUGCAGUUGAAUACUUGCAACCACAUUCAUGCACUCCUCAAGGUUUGGAAUUCUGCAAAAAGAUGCAAAACAGUCAAGCUGGCUCUAUCGAUACCAAACCUGCUUGUCAAGUAGUCAAAACUCCCGAUUCAUUCUCUCAAUGCAGCCAAAGUUCAACAAAUAUGUUCAAAUAUGGCUAUGAGAACCAAUGCAUCGGCAAGCCACAAACAGAACCAUGGUGCAGCGGUAACGAAACAAAGACUGACUCUGACGAUCAAAGCUCUGACAGCAGCAGCUCAAUCACCGUUUUCGUUGAAGUUGACAUCAGCGUAGUCUUUGGAUACACACCAGCUGAAAACCAGCUGUACACCGUUUGCAAUCCACCAAAGAGUGGUGGUCAUCCAGCCAUUUCUUCUCCACCAACAAAUAAUCCGAUCUUGGGCUUUUUCGUCGAGAUUGAUGUAAUCAUCGGUCGUCUUUCGACUUGGAUUCCAACGGACAGUUCAACCGAUUUUCCUGGCGCUGAAAAAGAUCUUUUCCAGCUUGGCCAAGCCAUCGAUCAAGCAACACAAGCAUUAAAGGUAUACGAAGGUACGAUAGAUGUGGAAGCUGCUGUCAAGAUUGGAGCUUCACUUAAAGCGAGUGCAAAGGCUGUUGUUGGAAUCGCGGCCCAUGUCAAAGUUGCAAAAGACAUACUCGAAGUGUAUGGUUAUACAACUUUGAUUGUUCAAGUCUUACAAGCAAGUGCGAAUCAAUUUUCUGUGUUGUAUCCUCUGUUGGAAGCACACAUUUCCGCAGAUGUUUUCGUUUCUUUGGGUCAUUCGCUCGGCUUGAUCAUUUGUUCGAUCGGUGAUGCAAUUGAACAUUUGCAUCCUCACUCCUGCACGCCACAUGGUUUGAAAUUCUGCAAGAAAUUGAAACACAGUCAAGCAGGCUCAAUUGAUGCCAAGCUUGCUUUGGGAGUAGUCGUGACUCUCGAUUCGUUCUCUCAAUGCAACCAAAGUUCAACAAAGAUGCUCAAGUAUGGUUAUGAGAACAAAUGUAUCGGCAAGCCACAAACAGAACCAUGGUGCAGCGGUAACGAAGCAAGCAGCAGCUCAAUUGACGUACUCUUGGAGGCUGGCAUCGGCUUAAUCUUUGGAUACACACCAGCUGAUGACCAGUUGUACACCGUUUCCAAUCCUCCAAAGUGA